AUGACAUCCAGUGAAAGUCUGAUUGUGAAAAGUAAAGUAGUAGAAGUUAACAUUAGUGAUCAUUUCUUGGUUAGUUGUGAACUUAAUUUAAAAAAGCCAAAACUAAAACCAAGAUAUAUCAAUGCACGAAGUUUUAAAGAUUACGAUCGAAAUCAAUUUGUCAUGGAUUUAGCACAAAUUCCUUGGCAUGAACAUUUUUCAAUUGACGAUGUGAAUGGAAAACUCUCCUCAUUUAAUGGUCACUUUUCGAGUAUCUUGGAAAAACAUGCACCGGUUAAGAGCAUGAAAAUACAAUAUCGCCGGUUUCCAUUUAUGAGUAGAGAGAUUAAAGAACUGAUGAAAAAUAGAGAUAAAUUACAUAAGCUCGCACGAUCAACCAAUAUGACAACAGAUUGGGAAAAUUACCGUGUUUGUAGUCAGGCUGUAAAAAAGGCGUUACGUGAAUCUGAAAGGAA